UUGUCCUGCCUAUCUAUCUAACAAACAUAUCACUGCUCAACUCACGGGUGCUCGUGCAAGAGGCCCCUCCAUUUUCAGGCACCUAGCUAGCUCAGGCCAUUGAAGAACGCAUCCAAGAAAGGUGCGAGAAAGAACAGGAGCAGAGACUGAUCAAGAUUCAGUGAUUCAGAAUUGGAGAGGGAAGGAGAGAAGAUUCAGAGAGAAACAGAAGCAGUGUAGAUUUGGAUUUCUAGUCCGUUUUGUCUGAAUUUUUGGUGUGUUUGAGGCACGAGGAGUAAGAUGGUGGUGCAGAAGAAUCAGCGGAAGCCAGGAGAGGCUUCUUGGCCCAAGGUUGUGCUGAAGAAAUGGCUCAACCUCAAGAGCAAGGAUUCGGAGUUCAACGCCGACGAGGAAGACGACGACGACGGGAGCGACGUUGAUGAGCAAGAGAACUGCGGCUGCGACGGCGGCGAGGAGCGGCGGCGGGCCGACGGCGAUCUCGCCGAUGAGAAUGUGGAGGGCGGCGCGCCGUACAGGCUGCGGCGGCGAAACUCGGAGACGCUGCGCGCGCAGUACAUCAACACCAAGGAGCUCAAGCUCUGCGUCGGCACCUGGAACGCCGCCGGCAAGGUCCCCCCCGGCGACCUCGACAUCGCCGACUGGCUCGGCGCCGGCGCCGGCGAGCCCGCCGACGUCUACGUGCUCGGGUUCCAAGAAGUGGUGCCGCUGAACGCCGGCAACGUGUUCGGCGCGGAGGACGCCCGGCCGGCGCAGGCGUGGGAGGAGCUCAUCCGCAGCGCGCUGCGGCGGGCGCGGCCGCCGGCGAGUAGUCGGCCCCGGUACAAGUGCUACAGCCACCCUCCCUCGCCGUCGCGCGGGGACGCGACGGCCGCCGCCGCCGCCACCGAUGACGACGAGCUCUUCCCUGGCACCGAUACGGACACGGACACCAACACCGAUGACGACUCGCUCUUCAGCUCGCCGGCGGAGUCCGAGCAGCAGAACGUCGCCGCCACCCCGAGGAGGCUGACCAGGCUGAACCAUUUCACUGCCGCCGCCGACGCCGCCGCCGCCAUGGACGACUCCGGCGACGAGCAUCAGCAGCGGACGCUUCUCAAGACACUGAGCAGGUCGGACAGGGUCGGCCUGGCAUGGCCGGAGCAGCCGCUGGACCUGCUCGCCAAGCACGCCACGGCGACGGCGAGUACCACCAUGCCAUCGUCAAGAUCCUUCCGAACCUACAACUCAUUCAGGCCGUCUCGCGCCGCCGCCGCCGCCGACCAGUCGAACGACGACCUCGCCAUGAUCGCCGACCUCGUCAUGGACCUCGCCGCGGCGCGCAAGAGGCGUUCGCCGUACGUGAGGAUCGUGAGCAAGCAGAUGGUGGGCGUCUUCCUGACGGUGUGGGUGAGGCGCGGGCUGAGGAGGUGCGUCCACAACGUGGGGGUGUCCACCGUCGGCGUCGGCGCCAUGGGCUACAUCGGCAACAAGGGCGCCGUGUCGGUGAGCAUGUCGGUGUACCAGACCAUGUUCUGCUUCGUGUGCACCCACCUCGCCGCCGGCGAGAAGCCCGCCGACCUCCACAAGCGGAACGCCGACGUGCAGGAGAUCCACCGCCGGACGCACUUCGCCGGCGUCGGCAUGCCGAGAAACAUCUAUGACCAUGAGAGGAUUUUUUGGUUGGGUGAUCUGAAUUAUCGCAUCGACGUCGCGUACGAGAGAGCACACGAGCUGAUUUCGACGAUGGAUUGGACUCAGCUGGCAGAGAAAGAUCAGCUGAAGCGAGAGCUAAGGAAGGGUCGGGCGUUCGACGGGUGGACGGAAGGGGUGCUGGAGUUCGCGCCGACGUACAAGUACGAGCUCAACUCGGCCAAGUACAUCGGCGACGACCAGCGCGGCGGCAGGAGAACGCCGGCGUGGUGUGAUAGGAUACUGUCGUUCGGGAAGGGGGUGAAGCUGAUGAGCUACGGGAGGGCGGAGCUGACGAUGUCGGACCACCGGCCGGUGGUGGCGACGUACGCGGCGGAGGUGGAGGUGUUCAGCAGCAGGAAGCUGCAGAGGGCGCUGACGCUCACGGACGCCGAGGUGGAGGCCGGCACCGUCGUCGCCGUGCCGGACCACCUCGCCGGUUUUUGAGGGCGAGAGAGGAUCGGUUUCUGCAAGGAUAACUUGUAGUUGUAGCGCUCCAUGUGUAAACACUGUAAUCGGCUAAUCGCCCAUGGCCGUGAAGGAUUCUCUUCUUUCUCAAGCUCACAAUCCACUGGUGCAUUUGCCAUUUUGCUUCAUACUGAGUAAACCCGGAGAAACGUUCGUGUAAGCUCAUGUAUUUUUUUUUCCUCGCAAAAA